AGAAGAUGAAGAUUGCAGUGAUGAGGAGGAGGUCUCUGGGGAGGGUACUAUUGGAACUAGUCGUAGUGGUUCUCAUGACGGAAGCCACGAAGAUUUUGUUUCUGCGGAUCGGGACGAAACAAAUCCAGAAGUAGGAUCCUCUUCGUCCUCGAUAGGAUCUUUGUUGAAUCGAUUUCGACAACUGCAUCUGAGUCCCUCUACCAAAUGGCAAGAUCUUCGGGCACAGAUGCGCGUACCUCCAGAGCGUGCUACGGAAGCGCGGCCUUACGUCAUUGACAUUCCCAGAGAGGCUUUUCGUCCGCGCUCGUAUACUUCGGGAGCACUGAAAGGUGUUGCGGGUCUUGCCUCGAGAACUCUGUACGGGAGCGCCGCGGCGUCAAGUUCAACCAUGGGAGUAUUAGAAUCUCUUAAGGCUUCCCUUGAGUUGAUCCAUCUUCAGAAGCAUCUUGAAGCUGUGUCCGUCGUCAGAAGAAAGAAGCACCAGGAUGCUUCUCAGGGUGGAUGACGGUGAUGGCGCUAAAUCUGGUGAAGAUGGCACUGGGAUUGGGAAUGCGCAAGAUCCAUUGACUCUCAGGAGGAAAGAACGCAUGGAGCGAAGGCACGGAAAGCAGCGGGCCAGGGCUAUGCUGAAAAAAGCAAAACAGGGCAUCUCCGACGAACAGGCCAGAAGAUUCGUGUGGAAGAUGUUGCGACCUCUACUGGCAAGUCGAAAUAGUCAUCACCCGAGUGCGCAGGCUUUGCGGAAGAAUCACCCUCUGUGGCGAAAACUAGUGGAAUACGAACACGAAUUCGCACGAAAGCGUGGUCCUCUGCUAAAGAAAAGGGGAAACAAGUACAAGGACAGCACUGUGUCUCUGACGAGUUCUGCUCGGAAGAAGACGCCCUGUACUGCUCUCAAAAAGAAUAAGAAAAUCUUAGUGGCAGUGCACGAAACCUCCAUUGCGAAAUCGACGGAACCAAAUGCUUUUUGUACGGCCAAUAUGGUGCGGCGCGGCGCUAGGGAAGCAACGAAUUCGGUUUUCGCUAUGUACGCUGGCAUUUCCCCUGACGACUCCAAGCUGUCAGGCCCACUGCCACUGCAUCCGGAACCCAGAGUAGGCCUCAAGGUCACUAGCAGGAGACUCAAAUGAUAGUAGACGCAAGCGUCCUGUAGCUCUCCUCCACCCACUAGAUCCUUUAACGUGAUGGUCGAUUCUGUAGUACAACGCAUCGGCACGCACAACUGAAUUUCAUCACAUUGAAUGAACCAACUUAUUUUCACAUCUAAUGGCCCAAGGCACUUUUCCUAGAAAAUACAGAAAAUGAAAGCCAAAACAAUUUUUGCUUCUGUUGCAUAUCCAAAGUUCCUUAGAAAUCAUGUUUCACGUUUUAUAAGAAG